UGAGCCAUAUACUUAACGGCCAAGAACGACAUCGCGAGGCUGAGGCUGCCUGUGACCAGCCGCGCACACUCCGGGGCCGAGGCCUGUUGUGGCCGUAUCCCGGAGUCCCACGAGAGACGCGGCGAGAGGUCAUGGCUGAGCGCGACCGCGAGGAGCAGCAGGCCGAGCCCGAUACAGACGACGAGUGGGUGCUGUUACGGAACCAUGGCGACGGGGCGGACGAGGUGCUGCCAGGAGAACAACACGAAGGAAAGACAACCGAGGAACAAAGUGCGAGUCAGGAGGUCGGCCUUCAGGCAGCGACUGACGCACGCACGAACGCCCAGUUGACCGUGCCGGACCGGCACCGUCGCACGUGUGGUGCGCAGGAAUGGGGCGGUUGGGAACCCGCAGGCCCCCUCAGCACGAAGGACCUGGGCCCUGUCCUUUGCUACUGGCUGCUGUGGCCCCUUGUCAGUCCGGUGCUGCCGGCAGCGGCGUUCGGCCUCGACCUCGCCGUCGCGUUGCUGAGCAGGGCGAGGCUGUACUCCGCCGUGGCGGAGCGAGUGUGCUGGUUGGUGCGCAAGCUGCGCGUCAUCCGGAGCCGCUACCUGUACGCGUCGCUCGCGUUCCCCCUCGUGCUCCUGCUGAACGCGCUCCUGUUCAACGCGUGCGUCGUCAACGCCCUGCUGCUCCUGCGUGGAAUCGCGGAGGUGAUCGCGGGCUUCGUCAUGGCGAACUUGCUGGCCACCUACGGAAGCUUCAGCAAAUACCUCGCCUGCACGCCGCAAGGCCCAACCGCGGUCGCCCUCCUGGAUUCGUGCCCGACGUCGCCGAACGACACAGCGCUGUGCUGGCGGGCCCGCCUGUACGCGUGGCUCGCCGAGUCUGAACGCGGCCGCUCAGUCGAGGCUAUGUACGAGUACAGCGAAGGCAGUUUCUACACCUUCAUGGCCGGGCUCAUUUUUGCCGCGGGCGUAUUUUCGUUGGUGCUGAUAAUGGCAGCACUCGAUGCCCUAAAGAAGGGGCGGCGCAUGUACUCCUGCAUCAUCGUCGGGGCAUGGACCUGCUCGGCAUACCAUGGGAGGCCGGAGGCUUCAGCAGCUGGACGGGUCCACGCCUUCUGCACAGCGGCCCUCCAAUGGCUGGCGGGUAUAUUGGUCUCGCCUCGGAACCGAGCGCCCAAACCGAAUGCAAAGUGUAGGUUGCCUGUUGUCAGCGCAGCUUCCUCGCGUUCCACGGAUUCGAACACCGAACCUUCUAGGACGCCGAAUGCUGCGGAAGCACAGUGUAAGGAACGGCCAUCGCGACGCCAAAGACACCGUCGACGACGGGCCGUCAAGGCUUUGAGGGAGGACCCAGGGCACCGAAGUGCAGAAGACUGAUUACGCGGGUCUUCAUGCAGCCGAAGCAAUGCGGAACCGCCGCGUUCUGGCUGUACCACGCGAACAGCGGCAAGAUCGCACAUCGGAUCGUACAUCGGCGGUGCUUUUUUCUUUAUCUGCCGCGCAUCAAAUAUUUGCUCUGUGGCUAUUUGGACUGCGAGCCCAACUUCAUACAAGAGAGACGCGGUUAUAUUGUAAGCAUUAUACAAAGCCAAAACGCUCCAAAUUACAUGAACCAAACUGCU